GGGCCGGACCAUGGGCAGGCGGCGAGCGGGGCCCAGCGUGGCCCGGGAGAUUGAUGGAUUGGAGGAGAAGCUGGCACGCUGCAGACAGAGCAUGGAAGAGGUGGACCUUAAACUGCGCAGGGAGAAGCUCAGCCCUGAAGGAAGAAAGUCACUGGAGAGAGAGCGAAACUUACUAAUGACCAAAGCUGACAACUAUGAGAAAGAACUGAGUGUACUUCGUAAGGAAAAUCGCAAGAAUGCUGCCCUUGCUGUGGCCAUGGCAUUGCUGAUUGCUCUUAUUUACGCCUGCUGGACAAUGUGAUUGCACUCAAGAAUUCUCCCUGCUGAACAAAUGACUCCUGCAAGGAGCUCUUCCUCCUCUCACCAUUGUGCCUCCCCCAAGGGUGAGGAUCAGCAUUUCAAAUUACUGUUCUUGUUUAUUGCGUCUCCAAGCCUUGUUGUAGGGAAGAUUUUUCUCUGCAAAUUGAGGAGGACAGGAGACAAACCAGAAAUCACAGCACACUUGCACUUGGAAAUCAGGUCAAGCAGAGCUCAAGGUGGUGCCAUCUUAGCCAAAACACAGUCAGGACCGUGCAGCCUGAUCCAGGAAGGCAAUACAUUCUCCCUUUUGAAGAGGACCUUUGUGAUUACAGACAGGUGCUUUCUGCCCAGCCAGGUAGAAUACACACCUUGGCUCCUGUGACACAGUCAUAAACUGAAGGGACCAAGCUCUUGAUGCAAAGGGUAAUCUGUAGGUGUUGCAAUUCUAUAUAUUUCCAGAGCUGAGCUAAAGAUGCUUCCUCUUCCACCCUGACUUCCAGGACCAAAGGAAUCCUACAUCCACAAAAGCAGAUGGGAUGUAGCUAUCUCUGCAAGCAUCCACAUUGAGAUAUGGGUGCUUGGGCUGUGAUAUGAUCUGCCUACCUCUCCAGUGCA